AUGAAGAAGCAAAUUGAGUCAGAGUUUGUUGAUGGCACUGAUAGCCAGUUAGCAAAAUCUUUUCUUGACCUACCUAAGGCAGAACAACAAUUGAGACUGAAAGAUCGUUUAAAGAAAUAUUGUCAGAAGGCAUAUAAACGAGUAUUGGAUAAGACAGUUACUGAAGUUCGGGAAGCAGGAAUAUGCAUGAGGGAGAAUGCAUUCUAUAUUGACACUGUUCGCAGGUGAGCAUGGAUUUUCUUGCAUAGAAGUUUUCUUUUCUUUUGGACUGCAAUUGCAAAAAUCACUUAGAUAUCAAUUAAAAUUAUUUAUUAUUACUUUUUAAAAACCGUCAUUAAGAAAUGCAUACAAAUUGAGUGAAUUUGAUUUGAGGUUGACUGGUAUCUGGUGGGGUAAAUUUUUUUUUUGUCUUUCUCUCUCUGUAGUUUGUAUAUAUAUUUUUAUUUUAUAUACAUUAUACAAAUCAUUGUCUUCUUGCUAAUUCAUAUGUUCUUUGAUAUUAUUUCAAGCUUUCGAGAUAGAAGAUAUGAG